CCUAUUCUUCUCCAAGCAACCAAUUGUUUUCAGUUGUUAGCUUCCGAAGUUGACACUGAAAACAAAUAUAUCCGAAGCUUCUAUCUCAUUCUGAUCACCACUGAAAAAAUGGUGAACGUUGAUGCCAUCCGCAAGGCUCAAAGGGCUGAAGGCCCUGCCACUGUCAUGGCCAUCGGAACUGCCACUCCCCCCAAUUGUGUCGACCAGAGCACUUACCCAGACUACUACUUCCGCAUCACCAAGAGUGAACACAAGACAGAGCUCAAGGAGAAGUUUCAGCGCAUGUGUGACAAAUCCAUGAUUAAGAAGCGUUACAUGCUAUUGAAUGAGGAGAUCUUGAAGGAGAACCCAAGCAUGUGUGAAUAUAUGGCUCCUUCAUUGGAUGCUAGGCAGGAUAUGGUGGUCGUUGAGGUGCCCAAGUUAGGGAAAGAAGCUGCCGUGAAGGCCAUCAAGGAAUGGGGACAACCCAAAUCUAAGAUAACCCACUUGGUCUUCUGCACCACCAGUGGUGUUGACAUGCCUGGAUGUGAUUACCAGCUCACCAAGCUCCUUGGCCUCCGACCCUCUGUGAAGAGACUCAUGAUGUACCAACAGGGAUGCUUCGCAGGUGGCACGGUCCUUCGUCUAGCCAAGGACCUUGCUGAGAACAACAAAGGUGCUCGUGUCCUUGUAGUAUGCUCUGAGAUCACUGCAGUUACCUUCCGUGGCCCAAGUGACACCCACCUUGACAGUCUCGUGGGUCAGGCUCUUUUUGGGGAUGGUGCAGCUGCAAUCAUAAUUGGGGCUGACCCAAUACCUAAUGUUGAGAAGCCCUUGUUUGAGUUGGUCUCUGCAGCUCAAACCAUUCUCCCUGACAGUGAUGGUGCCAUUGAUGGACAUCUCAGAGAGGUUGGUCUCACUUUCCAUCUCCUCAAGGAUGUUCCAGGCCUCAUCUCCAAGAACAUUGAGAAGAGCCUUACUGAGGCUUUUGAGCCGCUGGGUAUCUCUGACUACAACUCACUUUUCUGGAUUGCCCACCCGGGUGGACCGGCCAUUCUAGACCAGGUUGAAGAGAAGCUGGCCCUCAAACCUGAGAAGCUAAGGGCCACAAGGCACAUCCUUAGUGAGUAUGGUAACAUGUCUAGUGCUUGUGUGUUGUUCAUAUUGGAUGAAAUGAGGAAGAAAUCGGCCCAAGAUGGGUUGAAGACAACCGGUGAAGGGCUUGAGUGGGGUGUGCUUUUUGGUUUCGGACCCGGUCUGACCGUUGAGACUGUGGUUCUCCACAGUGUGGCUGCAUAGAGAGAUCAUAGAGAUUGAUGGAAGGUAAUUAUUCUCUCUGGUGGAAUUAAACCGUUGAGACUCCAGCUCUCCACAGUGCUUGUUCCUUUUUCACUUUUGGUUUUGGGUUUUUUUUUUUUUUACUGGAAAAAGCCUACUGGGUUGGGUUGGUGCGUUGGUUGUGUUGGGUCUUUGUGAUUUACUACAUUUAGCAUCUCUGUAAUGUAAGCUUCUUUAUCUAUAAAGAACAAUAAUUAAGAUCAUAACACUUUCUUUUUUA